GGAAAGCCCGAAAGUGAGCGUAGUUUGUAACAGUGUGGUGACAAUUUGGACCGCAUACAUACAGUACAUAGCCUGAUGCAUUCGUUGCUGGAGGAGGGGCUGCUCACAUCUGUAUGGAGAAAAAAAGAACCUUAAUAUUUAAAACCGUGGAUAAUCAGCGCGGUGUCUCUCGUGCUACUCUGGAAACAAAAGCGAGACUAACCAAAUUCGGAUUUUACUUUUAUCUCCGACUUUAGUUGUGUGCGUGUAGUGGCAUCGCCGGCGGUUAUUAAAAUAACACAGCUACAGGGCCUAAACGUUGCAUUUCGGGGGGAAAAGCCAUCACCGGCCCACUUGUUCGGUAGAAGAACCGCUUACAACGAGGGAGGAGGAACACAUUUUGGGCGGCGAGAUGCACCAUUUGGAGGACUGAGCCGCAGCACUUCAGCCGCUCCGGAGCUUCAACAUGGGGGAAUGAAGCAGGGUCUUGCAGCCAUGGAGACGCUGCCAUGUUGCGUGAGGCCGGGAAUAUCCGCACCUACGGCAUCACGUUUAACGUGAGCUCACCAGCGACGAUGCCGGUCCGCCCUGGGGAAGAAUGGUUCACUCCACUACUGUUCCGGAGGCGGGGGACGUCAACGCCAGUCUCUGCUGCCUCGUCACGGGGCUGCUGAACCUCUCCGCGAGGCCGUCGAUGGAUAACAUCUCCGCGGGCUCCUGGUCGUCCCCGGAGCCGGCCGCGCCGACGGCGAGCCAGACAGGUGUUGGCCUGCCCCUACAGGUCUUCUUCUGCGUCGCCAUGGUCGCCGUCCUGCUCCUGGCUCUGCUGGGGAACAUGGUGGUGUGCCUGAUGGUGUACCAGAGAUCCGCCAUGCGCUCGGCCAUCAACAUCCUGUUGGCGAGCCUGGCGUUCGCGGACAUGAUGCUGGCCGUCCUGAACAUGCCCUUCGCCCUGGUCACCGUCGUGACCACCCAGUGGAUUUUUGGGGAAGUUUUCUGCCGCGUUUCGGCCAUGCUCUUUUGGUUCUUCGUGAUGGAGGGCGUGGCCAUACUGCUUAUAAUAAGCAUAGACCGUUUCCUCAUUAUUGUCCAGAAGCAAGAUAAGCUGAGCCCACAGAGAGCUAAAGUGCUCAUAGUGGUCACUUGGGGACUCUCUUUCGUUUUCUCUUUCCCCCUGGCUGUCGGUUCCCCUCCCUUACAGAUCCCCCCCAGGGCCCCUCAGUGUGUAUUUGGAUACAGCGUUGAGCCCGGUUACCACACCUAUGUGUUGGUAAUAAUGCUAGCCUUCUUCUUCUUCCCCUUCAUGGUCAUGCUGUACACGUUCAUGGGGAUCCUGAACACCAUCCGCCACAACGCCAUCCGCAUCCACAGCCAUCCGGACAGCAUCUGUCUGAGCCAGGCCAGCAAACUGGGCCUGCUGAGCCUCCAGAGGCCCUUCCAAAUGAACAUAGACAUGAGCUUCAAGACCCGUGCCUUCACCACCAUCCUCGUCCUCUUCUCCGUGUUUACAGUGUGCUGGGCCCCCUUCACCGCCUACAGUUUGGUAGCCACGUUCAGCGACGGCUUCUACCACAGAGACAGCUUUUUUCAAAUCAGCACGUGGGUCCUGUGGUUGUGCUACCUCAAGUCGGCCCUCAACCCUCUUAUUUACUACUGGCGGAUCAAGAAGUUCCGCGACGCCUGCCUCGACCUGAUGCCCAAGUACUUCAAGUUUCUUCCUCAGCUGCCGGGCAACACGAAGAGGCGCAUACAGCCGAGCGCGGUGUACGUGUGCGGAGAGCAUCGCUCGGUGGUCUAAAGGAAAGAAAUCCACCCUUAAGCACUGUUAAAAACAUAAUGUACCUUGCAGUUCUGGACCUGUUGUGUUGUUUGGUGGUAUACUUCUGUUGGCAGGUGUUCAGAGUGAAAUCAAGGGGGCCUUGUUGCUACAGGUACCAGUGGAAAAAUGAACCACAAUCCAGGAAGUUUUACUUUUUGUCAAACAUCGGUGGUACUGAAACAUUUGUUCACCGUGGUUUUUAUCAUAAUAUCUUUAUUAUUAUUGUUUUUAACUGUAAUGGGUCCAAAUAGUACAUUCUUGAAGACUAUAACAUGAUUUUCUAAUAAACCCUUUUUUUAUUUGACAAAAGAAGCCAAAUGUGUUAAACACAAACCGCUUAACAAGAACUUUGUAAAUGAAAAUACAGCAUAAAAUUGGCAAAAUAUGAACUAAAUCUUCACUUUUUUAGGGGAGGGCCUUCUGACAACAACUUAACAAAUCUGAACACAGUGCACACAAUAUAGUCUGUGCUAGAAGGCAUCGAGUUAAAUACCCAGCUCUACUUGAAAGUUUACUCGUCGCCAUUUUCUCCCCUAUCUUGACGACUGCGAGGUAAAUGGCAGAGUUGAACUGUUCUCACUACAGAUGAAUCCACUAGUGCACGCUUUGAUUGGCCAGUGCAGUACUUUGCCAGAUGACAUUGCGAGAGUUGAGUUGGGGUCAAUUUUUUUUUUUUUUUUUUGUCCGGACGACCUCGCAUUUCCUCUCUCCGGCCCUGUGCAUUGAAAAGCCCUGCAGUGUUUUAAUGCAGUGCUGAUGUCGAUCUGACUCACCGUUGUCAUCGUAGGUUCAGCAACAAUGUAUGAAGGUUCUCAGUAGGUCAUGGGACAUCAGAUUGGUCGAGGCAACUGGACUUACUGUGUGGAAGGCCUUUUUUUUUUUUUUUGCAUCCAAUCAAAGAGGCUUCAUCACUGGUGAAACCUACAAUUGUCAUACCUCUCGUUGUGGUCGGGUUCCUUCGCCAUUUGCUUCCCAUUUUGAAAAAACGUGUUGGCUGCUGGUGCAGGCGCAGUACCAUGCUUCAUUUUUACAGUUACAGUUUACAGCAGGUGAUUUAGAAUUGAAGUUUUUAGAUUUAAAUCCUAAUGCAAAAUCUGCGCUGGUCUUGUACCACUGGAAGUCUAGUUGCCUUUUGAGUGUGUGUGCAGACCUUUUCAUUCAUUUCAUUGUAUAUCAAGAAGUACCGAGUGAAGAGCGACUGUGCGGGCUGUUGUCUCAAAAAGCAGACCAAACAACGGGUACAAUUGCCUUCGAUUUAGUAAUUGUAGAUAAAGGACCGUGUAUCUCUUUUAUACAGGCGGCGGAGACGCGCAUCUCCACCAACGGCCUCUUCAGUAGAAAGGCUCGAUGAUAGUACCAGAAGGUUGUUGUUUUUUCCAAUACCAACAUUCUCUCGUGUUUAAUGUUGUCAAAACACAAGCUUUUUGCCGAAAGUCAAAAGUUGGCAAAAUGUUUUUUGAAAUCGGGAACUAGAAGUCAAGAAUACAAAAUUGUCCAAAUAUUUGACGCCAGCUUUUGAUAAUUGUCAGUUUUCAUUAUUUGGUUCUACCGACACGUUGCUUUCGGAAAACAAAAGGUAUUUCAAAUUGGAGCUCUAUAUUCGGUAGACCAAAAUGCAGCGCUGAGACAUUUCCAUCUGAGAGAUACUACCUUGGGUGAACUCGCUGUGUUGCUCUCGUAAUGCGACAGCCACGGCUCUUUCUCCGCCUACUCGACACAAAGUACAAACGACUUCUCUGAGGAUGGUUGGGGAGGUCAUUCUGGGAAAUAAAAGGAACGGUUUAAGUGAAGUAUAGUCUUCUGAAGGAAACUGUAAAAAAGUAAAUGAAAACACUUUUAUAACUCCUGGAAUGCACUGAACGGCACAUACUGUGUGAGCGUAUAAAACGGGUGAUUUUGUGUUCGUUUGAUAUUGUACUAAGAAGACAGGCGCUGCUGGGGUCGACUUGACUUGUCUUUUCUUGCCACUGGAAUCACAAGUCUUGGAGGGGGGGGGGGACUGUGUUUUAGCUACGUAGAACUUGUUUUAUGGGGCAUGUAAAUUAAAUAGCUUCAAUGGAAUUUUGAAUAUGGUCAGAAAGUGGCCGCGACACAUUUGGACGUGUGUAUUUCUAUUUAAAUGUUUUGGGUGUGCCUAUUGAUUAGUCCAUUUGCCAGUCAGAAUGCUGCUAUAUCUGGUGAAAAUGUGCAAUUUUAGUGUACUGUACUGUUGAAUGUAAUAAAGAAAUGGACAUUUCUUACCUUGGUAAACUAUA